AUGGCAUUUCUUUUAAAUUACAACUUUCAAAUUCAGUCAAAAAAUUUAAAUACACAUGGAGUUUUUAAUCCUGGUCAACAAAAUAACCAACAAAAUAAUCAACAUAGAUCGCCACCAAGAAAACAUGUCUUGAGCCAUUUCGAUGACUCUUUCCCAUUAGAAUCUCAUACCAUUACUAGAACUUCUUCUCUUAAAGAUGAGGAUGAUUUCAAAUAUGGCCAUCGUCCAACCUAUGACCAAGACGACCAAUUAAUAUUCGUAAUUGACGAUCUUUAA